AUAUGUCAGAACAGACGUGUAAAAACGGUUGGUAAGAGUAGUUGGUAAUAGUAGAAAAAUCGCAUGUAUCGACUGAAAUAUUCGCUGAAUGAUUUGAUUAAACUUGACUUUUGAUAGCUUAUGUCGCUCAUAACAUUAUUGUACAAUAAUAAUCGUCUAUUAUUUAUUUUUCUAAAGUUUUCAUAUUAUUGUUCGAUAUUAGUAAAGUGUCCAUGCAAAAAUGGCUUCUGCCAAAGUUGAUUGGGGGAAAUUUGCUGAAGAACAAGAUGAAUUAGCUUCUAAGGUGACAGAUAUUAAUUUAGAUCAAAAGUCAAAAGAACAAAAAGAAACAACAGCAAACGAUGAUUCUAAGAGUGACGAUGGUGCAGAUGGACAGAUAUCACCAGCAGAGAAAUCUUUGUUACAAAAAAUUAUACGAAAAGGAUUAGUGGAAACGACUAAAGAUAUCGAGGUGCAAAGGAAGGAUCCAUCAUCUCCAUUAUAUAGCGUUAAAUCUUUUGAAGCUCUUAGUCUUAAACCUGAAUUAUUAAAAGGAGUUUAUGCUAUGGGUUUUAAUGCACCAUCAAAGAUUCAAGAAACAGCGCUACCAACUUUGCUUGCUGAUCCACCUCAUAAUAUGAUUGCACAAUCCCAAUCUGGAACUGGCAAAACUGCGGCAUUUGUACUAGCUAUGUUAAGUAGAGUAGAUACAACUAAGGAUUAUCCUCAAGUGCUUGCUUUAUCACCGACAUAUGAAUUAGCAAUACAAACUGGAGAAGUUGCUGCUAAAAUGUCUCGUUUUUGUCCUGAAAUUAAAUUGAAAUAUGCCGUUAGAGGGGAAGAAAUUCCUCGUGGUACGAAAAUCACAGAUCACAUUAUUAUUGGUACACCAGGAAAAGUUUUAGAUUGGGCAGUGAAAUUUAAAGCUUUUAAUUUAAACAAAAUCUCAGUUUUUGUUCUGGAUGAAGCAGAUGUAAUGAUAGCAACACAAGGCCAUCAAGAUCAAUGUAUUCGUAUUCACAAAUUACUUCCACGCACAUGUCAGAUGAUGCUUUUCUCAGCAACAUAUGAAAGCGCAGUAAUGUCGUUUGCUGAAAUCAUAGUUAGCAAUCCUCUUAUCAUAAGAUUGAUGAAAGAAGAAGAAAGUUUAGAUAAUAUUAAACAAUAUUACGUUAAGUGCAAAGACAAAGAUGGCAAAUAUGCAGCUAUUACAAAUAUUUAUGGUGUUAUAACUAUUGGUCAAGCUAUUAUUUUCUGUCAUACCAAAAAGACAGCUAGUUGGUUAGCAGAAAAAAUGACAAAAGAUGGUCACGCAGUUGCUUUCUUAACGGGAGAAUUAACCGUAGAACAAAGAAUUUCUGUAUUGGAUAGAUUUAGAGCUGGUUUGGAAAAAGUUCUUAUUACAACGAACGUAUUAGCGAGAGGUAUUGACGUGGAACAAGUAACCAUAGUAGUGAAUUUUGAUCUACCAAUGGAUCAAGAUCGUCAAGCUGAUUGUGAAACAUACUUGCAUCGAAUUGGUAGAACGGGGCGUUUCGGAAAAUCUGGUAUUGCUAUUAAUUUAAUAGACUCACCACACGCAAUGCAGUUAUGCAAGGAUAUAGAAAAACAUUUUGGAAAGAAGAUACAUUAUCUCGAUGCAGAGGAUGCAGAUGAAAUAGAAAAGAUUGGUGCUUAAAUCAUUUGAUAUUACUGACUGCCUAGACGUACGAUUCUUCAUCAGAUAUUUCUAGGCCCAUAAUGAAGUAUU